GUUUUAUCCUUUAAUAAAUAACUCUUAGAUUAUAAAUUAGGCGAACUGAUAUUAGUUUUGAUUUCGUCUAAAGAUCUGUAGAAAUACUUAAUGCAAAUAUGGCUUAUCCAGAGCAAAGUCUUGAAGAAAAUGAAUUAUAUGAAGAAGAAGAAGAAUCAUUCUUCCAAGAUAUUGAUCUACUGCAGAACCAUGGCAUUAAUGUUGCAGAUAUAAAGAAACUGAAAACUUCUGGUAUAUGUACCAUUAAAGGUCUGCAAAUGACAACUAAAAAGAAACUAAAUGCUAUCAAAGGUCUGUCGGAAGGAAAAGUAGAUAAAAUUAAGGAAGCUGCAACAAAAAUUGAUAGUAAUGUUUUCAUGACUGCUCUGGAGGCAUCACAAAGAAGAAAACAAGUUUUUAGAAUUAGUACUGGUAGUACAGAACUCGACAAGCUUUUAGGUGGUGGUAUUGAAAGUAUGGCUAUCACAGAAGUCUUUGGUGAAUUCAGAACAGGCAAGACACAAUUGUCUCAUACACUGUGUGUUACUUGCCAAUUACCUGGAGCAAAUAAUUAUUCUGGUGGAAAAGCUAUGUUCAUUGAUACUGAGAAUACAUUUCGACCUGAUCGGCUGAAGACUAUAGCUGACAGAUUUAAUCUUGAUCAUGAAGCCGUAUUAUCAAAUGUUCUGUAUGUUCGUGCAUUUACUAGUGAGCAUCAAAUGGAAAUACUAGAUUUAGUUGCAAUGAAGUUUCAUGAAGAAGGUGGUGUAUACAAACUCCUGGUUAUUGAUUCUGUUAUGGCCCUCUUUCGAGUAGAUUACAGUGGUAGAGGUGAACUUGCAGACCGUCAGCAGAAACUAGCACAGAUGCUUUCUAAAUUACAAAAAAUGUCUGAAGAAUAUAAUGUUGCUAUAUUUAUAACAAAUCAAAUGACUUCAGAUCCAGGAGCUGCCAUGAGUUUUCAAGCAGAUCCUAAGAAACCUAUUGGGGGUCAUAUUUUAGCACAUGCUUCAACAACCCGUGUGGCAUUGCGCAAAGGCAGAGGGGAAAUUCGCAUAGCUAAGAUAUAUGAUAGUCUAAAUUUGAACUUCAUUAAAUCCUGUAUUGCGACAUGUCCUGCUGUGGUCACUCCCUGCUUCUUCAACUAAAACUGAAACUUUUUACAGUCAUUACAUAAAAGCUGCAUAGCACCCUUUGCAGCUUCCUCUGUAGAAGAUUAGUUCUUAAUCCUGUCUAAUUAUCUUCAUUAUAUAAUUUUUUUCAAUAUCAAUUUAGCAAAUUUCAAUUUCAUUCUUU